AUGCCGCAAAAUGAGUAUAUCGAACUCGCGCAGAAGCGUUACGGGCGCCGCCUCGACCAUGCAGAGCGAAUGAGAAAGCGCAACGCCCGUAAGGUUCACACGGAGGCGAAAAGGCUUCGGACAGUGCGGGGCAUAAAAGCAAAGAUAGCAGCUAAGGAGCGUUACGCGGAGAAGGCGGAGAUUCGCAAGAAAAUUCGCGAGCAUGAGGAAAAGCAGACUACUGAACGGGUAAAAGAGAAAGGGCCAAAGAAUGCAUUGCCUAGCUUUCUCAUGGACCGUAGUGAGGCCGAUCGCGCAAAGGUUCUUUCCAACUCUCUGAAACAGAAGCGCAAGGAGAAGGCUGGGAAGUGGGCGGUGCCGAUCGAGAAGGUGAAGCCAGUCAGCGAGGAUGAAAUGCUGCGGGCGGUGACAUCUGGUAAGCGAGGUAAGAAGUCGUGGAAGCGUAUGGUGAAUAAGGUUACGUUUGUUGGUGAGACCUUCACCCGACGACUUCCAAAGUACGAGCGCUUCAUUCGCCCCAUGGCCCUCCGUUUCAAGAAGGCACACGUAACGCAUCCCGAGCUGAAGGCAACUUUUCAGUUGCCCAUCAUUGGAGUAAAGAAAAACCCACAGGGGAAAAUGUACACCGGUUUGGGAGUCAUUACAAAAGGUACUGUCAUUGAAGUGAACGUAUCGGACCUCGGGUUGGUGACACCCUCCGGAAAGGUGGUGUGGGGGAAGUAUGCGCAAGUCACCAACAACCCAGAGAAUGACGGGUGUAUCAACGCUGUGUUAUUGGUGUAG